AUGCCGAGCGCCGGCACCUGCCGUGGGGCGGCCCCGCCCCGCCCCGCCCCGCCCGGCCGCGCUCCGCCCCGCCCCGCUCGGCCCCGCCCCGCCCCGCCCAGCCGCGCUCCGCCCCGCCCCGCCCCGCCCCGCUCUGCCCCGCCGCGGACACCGACGCUGCCGGGCAGCUGCGGCGCCACCGGAGCGGACGGGACGGGACUGCGGAGCGCGGCCGCCGCCAUAGCAAGAGCUGUGCUGGUGUGCAGGGCCAUGGGGAAACUGCAGAGUAAGAUCAGCUUCCAGACCUCCAAAUACAGGGCCGAUGGCUGCGCGGAGGACGCGGGAGCCGCCGGAGCCGCCCCGCAGCACAGCCCCGUGCACGCCGGCGCCGUCACCUCCGUGGCUGCUCUCCACGCGGACCUCUGCGUGUCAGGAGGCAGGGACAAGCGUGUGGCUGUCUGCAGCUGGCGAUCCGGGGCUGUGCUGCGCCGCUUCCUCGGGCACCAGCGGGAGGUCACUAAGGUCACCUCUGCCCCUGGCUCAAGCAGAGUCUUCAGCGCCUCCCGGGACAAGACGGUGCUGAUGUGGGAGCUGGAUGGGACUGCAGGGCCAAGCCAGUGCUUCCCAGGACACCAGCUGGUGGUCACUGGGCUGGCUGUGAGCCCAGAUGGCUCCCAGCUCUGCACGGGCUCCCGAGACAACAGCGUGUGCAGGUGGGACACAGCCACGGGGCAGUGCCUGGGCAGAGCUGCCAUCUCCAGGAACCUGGUGACACAUCUCUGCUGGGUUCCUGGGGAGCCAUACCUCAUCCAGAGCUCAGAGGAUAAAACCAUCAGGGUCUGGGACAGCCGAGAGCUGCAGGUGGCCCACAGCUUCCCAGCCAAGCAGCAGCUGCAGACGUGCUGCGACGCCAGCCAGGACGGGCGGUACUGCCUCAGCAGCAGCAGCGGCUCGGCGGGGCAGGGCUGCGAGGCCACCCUGUGGGACCUCCGGCAGACCAGGAGCCAGGUGAGGGAGUACAAAGGACACUUCCAGACCACCACCUCCUGUGUCUUCCUGCCACGGGGCCCAGCUCUAGCCCCCAGCAUCGCCACAUCCUCCUGUGACAGCACAGUGAAGGUCUGGGAUCGAGACACCGGAGCCUGCCUGGCCACGCUGUGCCUGGAGGGGUCGGGGCCGCUGGCGUCGCUGGCCGCCUGCGACAGUUCCACACUGCUCUGUGCCAGCUCCGCCUCGGGCAUCCACCUGCUGCGGCUGCGCCACGGCACCAGCCUGGCCCUGGAGGAGGUGGCAGCUUUCUGACGGCGGGGACCUGUCCCUCGGAGGUGGCUGCGUUCUGGCUGCGGGGACCUGUCCCUCGGAGGUGGCAGCGUUCUGGCUGCGGGGAC